AUGCCGCCCACCAACAUGUGCCACCACGGUCACCAAAUCAACUUCGCUGUCUCCCAGAGAUUCUUCAUUGUAAUCGAUGACAUGCGGGCAUUAAUUUGGCAUGAUAUAAAAUAUGCUUUCCCUGUGGAUCCCAAGUUCAGCAUAGUUAUCGUUACAACGACGACCCGGUCCAUAGCAAAUGCAUGCAGCUGUGCUCAUGGUCAUGUGUACGUGAUGACAACUCUUGGCGAGCAACAUUCGAGACAAUUGUUUUUCCAAGAAGCUUCCAUGGGAGACCCACCACAACUUGGUGAUCAUAUGCAGCUGGGCUCAGAAGCACUAAAGAAAUGUGAUGGUCUACCCCUUGCUCUUGUUACCACUGGCCGGUUGUUGCAAGGUGAUCCCACACGAGAAAGAUGGGCAAAUCUGGGCACAAACCUUGGCAAACAUCUAGAGACAAAUGAGGCCUUAGCAAGUUUGAAGCGCGUGCUUGUCCAUAGCUACACCAGUCUUGGUAGCCAAGAUGUCAAGGCUUGCUUGCUAUAUUUGGGUAUUUACCCAAGUGGCCAUCCAAUCAGGAGAGGAAGCCUGAUAAGGAGAUGGUUAGCUGAAGGGUUCGUUCAAGGGGGUCAUAGAUCUAGUGCCCUGGAUGCCGCUAUUGGGAGUUUUCAUGAGCUGCUCGACCAGAGUAUCAUCCAGCCUAUUGAUGCCAGCAAUGCAGAGGUUAAGACAUUCCAAACUCACGGAAUGAUGAUAGAGUUCAUCCUGAACAAGUCUAUAAAUGAGAACUUUGUUACCUUGUUAUACGAUAAGGCUACCCUACCCAGUAAUGUCCGUUGGCUCUCUGUGCAUAAUAAAACUGCAGCAAGUUCGAAAGUGAAUCCAAAGGAUUUACGGCUUGUCCGGUCUUUGACAAUCUUCGGUAACACGCACAAAUCUGUCUUGGACUUUCCCAAGUAUAAAUUGAUGCGAGUUUUGGAUCUUGAAGAAUGUGAUGAAUACUUGGAGGACAAGCAUCUGAGAGAGAUAUGCAGCAACCUGGUGCUACUCAGGUACUUAAGCCUCGGGGGUGCUGCUACAGUUACAGUUCUUCCCAAAGAGAUCAAGAAGCUUCAACUUUUGGAGACACUUGAUGUAAGAAGAACCAAGAUCGAGAUUCUGCCCAAAGAAGUGUUGAAGUUGCCAUGCCUGAUUCACCUGUUUGGAAAGUUCAAGCUUGAAGGUGUAGGCCGAAUGGGUAAGCUACAGAUUUGGUUGUCAGAGAACAGUAACUUGGAAACACUAGCAGGAUUUGUCGGGGACAAGAGCCAAGAAUUUACGCAACUCAUGGAACAUAUGAAGCACCUGACAAAGCUGAAAAUAUGGUGCGAGUCCACGACCGAUGUCAGCAGCAACUUAACUCAUCUCUCAGUGGCCAUCAAGGGGUUCAUCGAGAGAGGCACCAAUUUGACAACUUCAUGUUCACUCUCACUGAACUUCAGCGGUGAACGGUCUCAGGACUUGCUGAAUUUCUCCCUAGAAAAUGGCAACUCCUACUAUCUUAGCUCGCUCAAGCUACAAGGAAACAACAUAUUCAGCCUGCCUUUAUUUGUUACAAUGUUGGCUGGUCUCACUAAGUUGUGCCUUACAUUCCCUCAUCAUCGGCUAAGCGGUGACAUUGGUGAUGCCCUGAGCAAAGUGCGCGGCCUGAAGUACCUGAAGCUGAUUGCAGCUCAACUGGAUCAUUUCGUUAUCAGACAGGGUGCACUUGAAAUCCUGCAAAGCUUAUGCAUCGUAGUGGAAGUCAUGACUGGGCUGGCAAUUGAAGAGGGAGCUCUACCGGACCUUGACUCUCUCCAGUUGUUAUGUAAGGAUCUAAAUGGCUUUAGCAGCACGACGAUCCAGUCCCUGCCGCUUCUUAAGGAGGUCGCUCUCCAUGAUGAACUGGACGACCAAAUAAAACUUGGGUGGAAAGAAGCAGCAAAGAACCAUCCCAGACGUCCCAAGGUCUUGUUUAAACUGGUGGGAAAUGAGCCUGCUGUAGGAACUAGCACUGUGGCAAUACCCACAGCUGGUACGUUGGCCCAAGAGGCUCCCGUGGCACCACCUACUAAUACGAUUUUAGCAAUGACAACACGGUCUGGUGCCAUUUCUACUGAAGAGUCUGUACAAGUUGUUACGUCUGAGAUAGGAAGUGAGCCUGCUGCGGAAAUCCCUGUGGCACCAAUUACGGAUAUGCCAUUAUCAGUGACCAUGUUGUCCGGUGCCAUUUCAACUGGAGAGCCCGUACAAGUUGUUACUUCUGAGAUGGGAAGUGAGUCUGCUGCAGAAAUUAGCCCUGUGGCAAUAGCUACUAACACGAUAACCACAACGCUUGCUGUGGAAAGUGAACACGUGGAGAGUUCUGAAAGCUAUGCGGCACCACCUACUUAUAUGACAUUAUCACUGGCAAUGCCGCCCAAGGCUGUUUCUGAUGGAAAUUCUGUACCAGUUGCUACUUCUAAGACGGGAAGUGAGACUGUUGCAAAAAUACACGCAGAUCCAGCUACUAGUGAUAAUACAACAUUGUCGGUGAAUCACAACAUCUUUGCAAAUGCACAACAAGAACAUCCUGUAAAAGUUGUUGCUUAUGAGAUGGGAAGUGAGUCUGCUGCUGAAAUCCCUAUGGCAUCAUCUACCACUGAUAAUGCAACAUCACUUAACCAUGAUGCAUUUGCUAAUGCACAACAAGAACAUCCUGGUAAUCAACUAAGUAUUGUUGUCGAUGAUGUUGUUUUCCUUAACUGCUGUACAAGUUGA